UGAAGGCGCGGGAGGGUGCCCUGGAGGAUCCAGCUGUGCCCCCAGAUGUUGAGGGCCCCCAAAAACACCUUCCCUGCUCCCGAAAUGCCCCAGAUGUGAUCGGCGAGGGGCCAGAUCCAGAUGCUGGGGACCUGAAAAUGCCCAAAGUGGCCCAAAACACCUCAGAGGCUCCAGAUGUGGCCGCAGAAACCCCAAAUCCAGAUGUGCUAUGGGCCAGAAAUGGGCACCGGACACUGCAGGUGGACAGUGACACAGAUGUGGAGGAGGAGGAGCCAAACCCAGAUGUUGGGCCACAAAAAUGGCUUAAAAUUACCCAAAAUGUGCCUGAAACUCCAGAUGUGAGGCUAAAAACCCCAAAUCCAGAUGUUCCAUGGCUUAAAAGUGGGCGUGGCACCCUGCUGGUGGAGAGCGACACAGAUGUGGAGCAGGAGGAGGCUGAUCCAGAAGUGGAGCCCUCAGAACGGCUGAAAAUUACCCAGAACGUCCCAGAAACUCCAGAUGUUGCAGGAAAGACCCCAAAUCCAGAAGUUUCAGGCCCAAAAAUAUGUCACAGCAUGGAGCUGGUGGACAGUGACACAGAUGUGGACGAAGAUCCAGAUGUGCAGCCCCAGAAAAGGCUUAAAGUGACCCAAAACAUGCCUGGAAUUCCAGAUGUGGAGGUGGAAACCCCAAGUCCAGCUGUGAGGGCACCCAAAAUUGGACACUGGAUAAUCCUGAUGGACAGCUACACAGAUCUGGAGGGAGAGGAGGAGAAUCCAGAUGUGCAGCCCCAAAAACAACUCAGAAUGACCCAAAAUGUGUCCGAAACUGUGGCAGCAAAACUCCUGAAUCCAGAUGUUUCGGGCCCAAAACUCUGUUCUCAGAUGCUGCUGGUGGACAGUGAUACAGAUGUGGAAGAUGAAGUGAAUCCAGAUGUGCAGCCCCCUAAAAGGCUCAAAGGGACCCAAAACGUGCACAGAAUUCCAGAUGUGGAGGUGGCGACCCCAAAUCCAGCUGUGGAAAGCCCCAAAAUUGGCCAUCAGACACUGGUGGAGGACAGCGACACAGAUGUGGAGGAUGAUCCAGAUGUGCAGCCCCCAAAAAGGCUCAGAAGGGCUCAGCAUUUGCCCAAAGCUCCAGUUGUGCGAUGGGGGACACAAAAUCCAGAUGUUUCAGGCCCCACAAUCAGGAGUCAGAUGCUGCUGGUGGACAGCGACACAGAUGUGGAGGAGGAUCCAGAUGUGCAGCCCCUGAAACAGCUCAGAGUGGCCCAAAAUGUCCCCGAAACUCCAGAUGUGGCUGCGAAGCCCCCAAAUCCAGAUGUUUCAGGCCCUGAAAUCAGGUGCCAGGCAUUCCUGGUGGACAGUGACACAGAUAUGGAGGAGGAGGUGAGUCCAGAUGUUGAGACCCUAAAAAAGCUUGGAAUGACCCAAAAUGUGCCUGAAAGUCCAGAUGUGGUGGCACAGACCCCAAGCCCAGAUGUUGGAAUAACCCCAAAUGGGUGUCAGGCACUGCUGGUGGACAGUGACACAGAUGUGGAGGAGGAUGAGGUGAAUCCAGAUGUUUGUCAUUCAAAAAGAUGGAAAAUUCCUCAAAAUGUGCCCCAAACUCCAGAUGUGCCCCCACAGCCCCCAAAUCCAGCUGUGAAGAGGUCACAGAGGGGUCAUGGGGCACUGCUGGAUGACAGCGACACAGAUGUGGAAGAGGAGGCAAAUCCAGAUGUUGGAUCCUUAAAAAUAUUGAAACCAGUCCCAAACGUGCCUGAAACUCCAGAUGUGAGGCUGAAAACGCCAAAUCCAGAUGUUUCAGGCACAAAAAUUGGGUGUGGGACGCUGCUGGUGGGCAGCAAGACAGAUGUGGAGGAGGAGGAGACAGGUCCAGAUGUUUGGCCCUCAAAAAGACUGAAAAUGACCCCAAAUGUGCCUGAAAGUCCAGAUGUGCCCACACUGGCCUCAAGUCCAGCUGUUGGAGGCUCUGAAUCCAGAUGUGGAGCCUUGGUGGGGGAGAGUGACCCAGAUGUGGGGGAGGAUGAAGCUGAACCAGAUGUUCAGCCCUCAAAAAGACAGAAGAUUACCCAAAAUGUGCCUGGAACUCCAGAUGUUGGGCUGAAACCCCCAAAUCCAGAUGUUGGGAGGCUCCAAGGGACCCAAACUGUGGCCGAGACGCCAGAUGCGGAGGGAGAGGAGGAAGGGUGGGAUCCAGAUGUGGCCACCCAGCUGUUCCUGCCCCCAAAUCCAGAUGUGGGGGAGGCCGAGGCGGACGCAGAUGUUGGGAGCCCAGAACAACUCAAAAUGACCCAGAAGCCACCAGAAAUUCCAGAUGUGGAGGAGGAAACCCCAGAUCCAGAUGAGGAGGAAGAACAGGAAUCAGAUCCAGAUGUGGCCACCCAGCUGUUCCUGCCUUCUCCAGAUGUUGGGAGCCCAGAUAGCGCCAAAAUGGCCCCGAAGGACCCCAGAAUUCCAGAUGUGGAGGAGAAAGAGGAGUCAGAUCCAGAUGUGGCCACCCAGCUGUUCCUGCCUUCUCCAGAUGCUGGGAGCCCAAAAGGCCCCAAAACUACCCCAAAGGACCCCAAAAUUCCAGAGGUAGAGGGGCUGCCCUCUCUGGAUCCAGAUGUGGCCACACAGCUGUUCCUGCCCCCACAUCCAGGUGUGGAGGACGGCCUAAAUCCAGAUGUUCUGGGUCCAAAGCAAUCCAAAAUGGCCUCAAAUGACCCCAAAAUUCCCAUCGUGAGGACAGAGACCCCAGAUCCAGAUGUGGAGGGGGAGGAGGACUUGGAUGUGGCCACCCAGCUGUUCCUGCCCCCUGAUCCCGAUGUGGAGGGGGAAGGACCCUCAGAACCAGGUAUUGGGUCCCCAAACCCACCCAAAAGUCCCCUAAACCUGCCUGAAAUUCCAGAUGUGAACACAGAGAGCCCAAAUCCAGAUGUGGGGGAGUCACUGAGGGGCCACAGGACAUUGCUGGGGGAUGCUGAUCCAGAUGUGGAGGAGGCAGGCCCAAAUCCAGAUGUGGCAGCCUCAAAAAGACCCCAAACAGCCCCAGAAGUCCCUGAAAUUCCAGAUGUGGAGGUGGACACCCCAAGUCCAGAUGUGGAAGGGCCGGGGAGCCCUGGCCUGAAUCCAGAUGUGGCCACCCAGCUGUUCCUGCCCCCUGCCCCAGAUGUGGAACCCCUGGAAAGCCCCGAAAGGGCCCCGCACGAGCCCCAGGUUCCAGAUGUGGAGGAGGCGGCCCCAAAUCCAGAUGUGGAGGGUCCCCCAAGCCCCGCCCAGGAGGGAGCAGAAGCUCUGCCCACCCCGCAGGUGCGGCGCAGUCAGCGAUUGGCCCUGAGGGGAGGGGGUGGAUCCUCACGUGGCCCCGCCCCCACCCAGAACGGGCAUGAUCAAGGCUCCAAGCCACGCCCCUCACACAAGCCACGCCCCCAGAGGGGGCAGGACCAAUCAGCAGCAGUGCUUGAAGAGGCCACACCCUCAGUGACCAUAAAAGGAAAUGGGCGGGGCUCAGUGGCAGCCCCACCCCCAGAGGAGGAGGAGCCAACAGAGGGUGCCAAGCGCAGGCUCCGCCCCCGGGCAGCACCAGGCUCCGCCCAGAUCCGGGUGCUGUUCACAGGCCUGGUGGCCUCCCCGGCGCUGCGGGUGGCCCUGGGGACGCUGGGUGGCACCGAGGCCACGUCAGUGCACGACUGCAGCCACCUGGUGACCGAUGGCAUCCGCCGGACACUGAAGUUCCUGUGUGCCCUGGGCAGGGGCGUCCCCAUUGUCACCCCCCAGUGGCUGCUCGAGAGCUCCCACAGUGGCCGCCCGCUGUCCCCAGGUCCCUUCCUGCCCCGGGACCCCCCCUGUGAGCGGCGCUUCGGCUUCCGCCUGCGCCCGGCGCUGGCCCGGGCCCGAGAGCGGCCCCUGCUGCAGGGCUACCAGGUGCACGUCACCCCCAGUGUGCAGCCGUGCCCCGAGGACAUGCGGGACAUUGUCACCUGCUGUGGUGGCACCUUCCUGCCACAGCUGCCCCGGGAAUAUGCGCCCCGUGUCCUGGUGAUCUCGUGUCCCCAGCACCGGGCUCUGUUAUUUGGGGUUUCUCGCUGGCCCCGUGUCCUGGUGAUCUCGUGUCCCCAGGACCGCAGGCUGUGGCCCUCGGCCGUGGCCGCACGGCUCCCGCUGCUCUCGGUGGAGCUGCUGCUCUCGGGGGUGCUGCAGCAGCGCCUGGAGCUGGACCCGGAGUGA